AUGAAAAUAUUUCGAUCUUCUCAAUGUGAUAAAUGGAUAUUUGUUAGAAGAAUUUUACCAUCCAUAUUUUUAAAUCCAUGGAGAUUUAGUAUCAAAGAUGUUUUCCUGCAAGUUCAUUUUACAAGUUUAAAAAAUCUCUCUGAUAUUUUCUCACCAUCAUUCACUCGUGUUUUAUUCGUUCGUCAUCCAUUUGAACGUUUAGCUUCUGCAUAUAAAGAAAGAAUUGCAACAUUAGAAAAAGAUCGAAUUCAAUCUGAACCACAUUAUGAUAAUGUAAGAAAAACAAUUUGUCGUCGAUUUUCUAAACGAAAUGCGAUUCAACAUUUUUCACGACCUAUUAUUGAUCAAUGUUCACAAACUAUUCCUUCAUUUGAAAAUUUUGUUCAAUAUAUUUUGACAAAUACUGAAACUUCAUAUGGAAUUGCUCAAAUGGAUACACAUUGGCAACCUUAUUCAACUGUUUGUCAAGUUUGUAAAUUUCAAUAUAAUUUUAUUGGAAAAUACGAAACAUUCGACGAUGAUUUUCAUUUAUUACUUAAACGUCUCAAUGUUUCCGAUUGGAAUAUUGAAAAAAGACGAGGAGCAUCGGGUCAUAAAACACGAGACUAUCAACAAUUAUAUUCAACAUUACCUGAUCAUCUCAUUUGUCAAUUGAAACGACUUUAUCAAGAAGAUUUUCAAUUCUUUAACUAUCGAAUUGAAGAUUAUGUCAAUCGAACACAAUUAAUUUGUUAA